AGGCACGCGUCUUGGAUACGUCCGUUUCUUUAUUGUUCUGUACAGCCAAUCAGAACACGGGAUGCAGACGCGUGCCACUCUCCCAAUAUAAGUACUGGUCGCGUGUCAGGAAACUCACUCACAACUUAUUUCGCUCCGCUCGAGCCUCUACUGUACUUCAAGCACAGCUACUGCCUACUUCAAUCCAAACCAAGAUGAUGAAUGAAGGAAAAUCUCUGUCCGAAGCACUGCUGUCUGCCAAGGCGGAGGGGCGCCUCACUGUUGGCGUCUAUGAAUGCGCAAAAAUAAUGAACGACGACCCUGAUAACGUGUCUUUCUGCCUUUUGGCCACUGAUGACUUUGAGUGCGACAUCGCUCUCCAGAUCCAUUUUACUCUGAUCCAAGCGUUUUGCUUUGACAACGACAUCAGCAUCGUCAGAGUAAACGACCUGAAACGUCUCAACGCUCUUGUUGGUGCCAAGGGUCAACUCGAGGACGCUCACUGUGUCCUUAUAAUGAACCCAGCUGAGGACUCAUGGGAGGAUCCAGCUCUGGAGAAGCUUCAUCUGUUCUGUGAAGAAAGUCGCAGCUAUAACGAGUGGGUUCCUGAGAUCACUCUGCCCGAGCGUUGAUCUGGAGCUUUACUCUGUUGAGAUGCUGUAAACCUUGAGGAAUACUCGACUCAUCCUUCGAAGCAAGGAUGCUGAUGUUUCCACAUCCCUGGAUGCUCCUGAGGAGGCUGAACCAUCCAGGCAGCGCGAGGCAGGUCCGAGUGGCCCUCGCGGUUCUACGUCGUUCCUCGUCCCGUCCAUGCCAAGAUGAUCCUCAUUCUUUAUGUGAACGAGGUCAGGUAUGCCACGAGAGCGACACCAUGGCCCUCAUUCUUUGUGCGGAUGAGGUUUGGAGAGAAAGGAGAAGCGAGGUUUGCCUCUGUUCCACAGAGCAAAUAUCGCAUGCGUUGGACACGCAGAGGACGCAGCGGUGCGUCGAAGCAAUGUUUUUAAAAAUGGACUUUAACAUCUCAGACGUUUUUAAAAAUGGAAUUGCUGCACGAUAUAACGUACUUUAUUGUCGGCAAUGUGCUUUCCACUUUCCAGAAUUGUCUUAUUCUCUAAAGGUUUCACUUUAGAAAUAUAAAAUGACAUAAAAUGGGUGAAAAGAGAGAGAGAAAAAAAAAACUAACUUAAAAAUCUCUAAAGGUUUCACUUUAGAAAUAUUUAUAUGACAAAAGAAAGAAAGAAAAACGAACUUAAAAAUCUCUAAAAGUUUCCCUUUAGAAAUAUUUGAUAUAAAAUGUAAAAAAAGUAAUUAAAUGUUGUUUGACUUUGCAUUACAACUUUUGCAUUGUAUAAAUUAUGUAAUAAUGGAUAAAACAAUAAAUGUAUUAAAAAUGAACAAUUUUGUCAUGUGUUUACUCUUCAGCAGAUGUCAAAAACGCACAUUAAAAUGGAAUUGCUGUACAAUAUAACAUACUUUAUUGUCGGCAAUGUGCUUUCCACUUUCCAGAAUUGUCUUCUUCUCUAAAUGUUUCACUUCAGAAAUAUUAAUAGCCUAUGACAUAAAAAUCUCUAAAGGUUUAACUUUAGAAGAAUGUGACUUACAAAAAACGACGAUAUUUAAAUAUGCUCUUAAACUUGUUUGUAGAAGACAAAGGAAAUAAUUAUAUUUGUCUGAAGAUUUUG